UUGCUCGCAAUAACAGCUGAUUGAAAUGCGAUUGGAUGAAAACGUUCCGCCUUGCCGGCGAUUAGCCAAUCGUCUUAAUGGAAGGCUGGCUUGAACCCACCGACGUCACAAGGUUAUAUCCAAAUAAGGAAAAAACCUUGAAUUAACUCCGAGGCCGUGGUAGAGAAUGACAACACGCUUUUUACAAACGUUUAAAUACCACGCGAUACUCGAAGCGUGUUCGUUCAUAGUUGGAUAACAGAACUACCUAGAUGAGAAAUAAAGGUUCAUUGUAGUAGCUAUAGUGUUGGCGAUUAGAUGUACAUUUAGGUUUAAACCUUGCUUAAUAAAGUUUAAGCACAAUAAAAACAUACGGUGGACGGAUUAAAUAAAAGUUAAAACACCGCAUUCGAAUCCAAAUUAAUCACAAGGAGAUAUACGUUCAUUUUAUUGACAAGUUUAUCGUUUACUUGAUAAACGUCGGUGUGUUAGAUGAAAGUGAAAACAAUAGCAAGAUAAAACUUAUAUAUAACGUUAUUGAGUGUUACUUUAUUCCUGUGAUAUUUUAAAGCGAAUAAGAGAGUCGUAAAUGUUGUGUUGGAGUUAAAAGAAACGAGGACGAUGUAUACUUCAUACUUGUAUCAGUUGAUCGGCGGGUGGUUAUUUGUUGGGCACGCAUUGGCAGGUCACGUGUUCAGCAAUCGUCUGCUGGAGACCGUCGAGGAGAUGAACCGAAAGCAGACGCUAAAGUGCAACAACCCAUGUCCGUUCGGAUUUCGCGCCGACGUUGAAGGAGAGCUCACGUGCGAGUGUUACGACCCCUGUACGUUCAUCAUGUGCCUACAAGGCACCGUGUGUGUAGCAGAGAUGCCCCAGAGUUGUCAGUCAGGUCCAUGCAAACCAGAAACACGAUGCGAAAGACAGAAGCAAAUCAUUCAAGAAACAUUCAAAAACAAGAUAUACCACGAUUUAAAUGAAGUUCCAGCUGGAAGUUUCCAACAAGACGACCCAUUUUCUAAAGAUAUCUGCACUCAAAAUUUGCCAACGGAAGCCGUGGCGUGUAGCAACCAAAGACGUCGCUGGACGUUCAACCAAAUGACCGGAAAAUGUGUCAAAUUCAUGGGAUGCCCAACAAGUGGAAAUAAUUUUGCAAGAAAAUUCUAUUGCAAAAAUCAGUGUCGAUAUCAUCGUUUGGGAAUUACACCACCAAUACAUUCCAAAGACGAAGAACUGUGUUCUCAGCCGCUUACAGAAGCCGCGUUCAACUGUGAGCACACUUCAAAACGAUGGUUUUACAGCAUGAGAACUGGUCUAUGCGAAAAGUUUAUGGGGUGCAAAACGACAGGAAAUAACUUUUCACGAAAAAUAUUCUGCAAAUCGAAAUGUAUCAAGAAACGGGCAUAUUCCAGUAUUGACAAAGAAAUUCAUUCUGAAGAUAAAACUCCCGUUUGGUAGAUGGCAACUUUAUCUGCCUACAAACCUGUGAUAUUCCUACAAAUCUCACGACUAGUGCCAGUACUUCCUGUCUCCGAGAGUCACGUUAUUAUAACGUUGCCACAGUAUUUCGCGUGUUCACGUGUGAUCGUCCAAAAGUACAACAACGCCCUCCCGGCUAUGGAGAAAGAAGACGGCACGGGACAACAUGAGACGUGUCUUUGACUAUAUUGUUGUCAAUACCGUCUUCUCAUGAUUACCGUUUUUUAUUUGGUGUUUUCUGCAAAUAACAAGGGCUGCUUAACAUUUCAGUCGCAAUCAACACGUUUCGUCUAUAGUCUUUCUGCAGAGUGUAUUCCUUCAUGGUCAAUACAUUCUAUGUGAUUUUUGUGAUGCCAUUUGUUAAGACAAAACGAACUUCGAUAGAGAAGCAAAACGAUGUGACUUGUCACCUGACGUGGCUUUAGGGUGACUUUUCUCAACUCAAAGGGUAUAAAGACAGUUUAGACAAUAUUAUAUCUCUUUAGUAAUUGAUUCAGUACACCUGUAUAUAUCAUUCAGUGUUAUAAUAUAUGUGUUAUAAUAACAUACUUGUCCUUAAUCGAACAUUGCGACAACACAUUCCUACUACAAAUGUAUGUGAGUAUAACGCAUGACAAUGUUUUGGACAAGUAAAUGGGAUGUCUCUGUUGCAGUCAAUGACUCUCCAAGGUAGCUGAACAGUUUAACUGUCACAUUAUUAAUCGCCAUUAAGUGUCUUUUAAUGUUAUUUUAAUGCAGAUGUGUAUUAACAUGUACAUAAUUUUCGAACGGUCCAAUUUGCUAGCAACAAAUCGAAUGCAAUUAACAAAAGCUGCAUACUUAUUAAUACACGAUUUUCUAGUUUCAUACAAAUAUAUUGUCUAACGCGUUUUAUUUGUCAAUAGAAGUGAUUUUUUUGUCAUUGACUAGAUAUUUAUAAAUUAACCUGUUCCUGGGCCAGUCUUUGUCUGAAAACUUUAAGACAUUCAUUUUGAGAACAAUAUGAUUUUCAAUAUAGUUGCAACCCUUUACGAUUGUUUGUCAAUGAGGUACGGACUGUUGUAUGUACAGACAUGUGUCCAGGGCCCGUAUUCAUUAAGUGUCGCCAAUUUUGCUUACAAUUCGUAAUUGGCUUCUAUUUUCAUAAUAUUCAUUUUGUUGAAAUUAAAUUCCAAUUAAAGGCGUUUUUUAUAGAUUUUUAGAGCAUGUGAUUGAGCUUUACUAUAAAUAAGACAGACAGUUUUUAAUUAGGGAUGACUUAAGAUUUGACAGAUGUUCUUUACGAAUACCAAGCCUAGUUUGGACACAUUUCCAUAUCAACGAUCUUCACUUUUUGGAGGGAUUUUAUUUCUUGUGCCAUGGUGUUUGUUAUACAGGGACACCAGUGUAAGGACAUUUUUUUAUAUACUCGAAGAUAGUAAUGUGCAAUCUUAUAUUUAGUGAACCUGAAAUAUAAAUGUUUCGGGUUAUUUUAAUGACCGUCUUUGUUCGUCGUCCAUCGUCCAACGUGUGUCAAUACUUUGCUUUAAAUGACAUGCCCUCUUCAGCCCCUAGACUAUUGUGCUAAUGUUCUAUAAAGUUAUAAUUAUUUAGUGGUCAAAUGUUAUGUUAUUUUUCGGGUUUAUCGCAUUUUUAAAAGGAGAUCAGAGAAAAUAUGCAUAUUUUUCGAAGUUGUUAUAUCAAACGACAUCUCCAUCGAAACCACACAGAGCAUUUAAAUCAACGUUGAGGGGCUUUAAAAAUGGAACAUAUUGGUUCACAACUGAGCCACGGAAACAAAUCAAAUUCAUUUUGUGUUAAGACUACUCAUAUUGAAUAGAUAUAAUUCUUAGAUGUUAAUGCACAAAACUUGUAUUAAUAAUUUUGGAAAAGAGUGACACUUGUUAACAUUACAUUCUAUUGCAAAAUGACCUGUUGGAGUUUAUUAUAAUUCUAACAAUUAUUAAUGUAACAUGGCUCUUUUGACAAAUUGAAUUUUGUAUUGCAUAUAUAUUAAUUAAAUUGCCUCGAGGUAACUUCAUAUAUUUUUGCCGAUAUGCCUUUACUGACUUGGUUUGACACGUCAUUAGCGACUUUGUUUGCUUGAAAAGCUGUCAGAGAGACGUGCCACAUACAUGGUAAAACUAACAUCACAUUAACUCGCAUUAAACACAAUCACUUCGGUACCUUGAUCAAGUUUAAUUUUGCGAGCAGCGAUAUAGUCCAUCGUGGCCUUCUUGUUUUCUAUAACGACAUUUUCUUUUCAGCGCUGCAUACACAGAUUAUCAAGUUUAUAAGCAUUUUAAAAUAAAAAAAGAUGAUACAUUUAAGUCAUCAUAAUACGGUUUAAGCAUUUAUAUAUAAUGAUAGUGUAUUAAUGGCUUUAAUGGCAUAAACAAUGUGCAAAUGUUUAGCAAACAUGUUUUUCCUUCUCAUUUGAGGAUAAGGCCAACUAACUACAUUUGUAUGUUAACGUCAUUUAUGUUUACACAGCGUUGCUUUUAUAAUGAUCUGUAUUGUAUUUGUUGAAUUCAGUAAAUCUUGAUUUUAUACGAAAUUGUAUAAUAUGAUCUAACGACAUAUAAAUGACUUUCCUUGUUUCGUUUCGUUAUGUAAUAAUGUGAUCAUAUAUAUUAAACAUUUUAAAUUUUUGUAAGUUCAAUGUAAAAUUAUGGUGUUGUUUAUUGAAAACCUCAUUACAUAAUAUAUUUGAUAUAUUCAUACUCAUGAUGUCAGAGUUUGGACCUAAAAUGAUCGAUAAUAAAACUAACGUUUCAUUUAACUAAACAGUUUAUCAUUGGUAUUAGCGUUUUGUGACAAACCUAGUUCAGUGUUAUCUUAUUGUAAGGUACACAUGUACUUGAGUGUUUACAUAAAUAUCAAACAAGAUUUCCUUGUCGCAUAUCCAAUUCAAGAUAAAACACGUCUAUAAUGUAUAAAGCAAUAGCGAAGUGAAUGUGCUUAAAAGGAUAACUUUUUAUUGACAUUGCAAAUGAAAGCGAACGCUUACAAUAACAGUAAACCAUUGACGUUUCAUAACAUAAACACGCUUUUUAAUUAUUCAGUAUGUACACGUGCAAAAUAAAUUAACAUUCAUUUUCACAACGACAUGUUUUGAAUUUCAUUUAGAAUAAAAUGUACGUGCAUACCAACUUGUCAAAUAGAUGCAUUUCAUUCUUCAAGUAUCUGCAAUAUUAAGUAGAACACAUACAGAGAGCGGUGAUAUAUCUUUGAGUAAUGUCAUUAUAGUUUAACAAGGUGAUAUCGUAUCAUCGCGCUUUACAUGCGACCAUUGUUUCAUUGUUUAUAGUCAUGUAUUUAUUGUAAUAUGUCAUCAUGAAUUGUUUACCUCUCUUAAGCUGUUGUUUUGUAUAAUGAUAAAAUAAAGUGCAAAAUAAAGGAUUACUUAAACGCA